CCGGCCUUAGGUCUGAGCUCGGGAGCGCUGCGGGAACGGCGGCAGCGCGAUGGCAGAGCAGCGGCCGAUCUCUAUCGUCACCUGUACGGCCCCGGUCAACAUCGCCGUAAUCAAGUACUGGGGCAAGCGGGACAAUGAUCUGAUCCUGCCCAUCAACUCCUCCCUGAGUGUGACACUGCACCAGGACCAGCUGAAGACCACCACCACAGCUGCCACCAGCCGCGACUUCACCAAGGACCGGCUGUGGCUCAAUGGGGAGGAGGUGGACGUGGGGCACCCCCGGCUGCAGGCUUGUCUGCAGGAAGUGCGACGCCUGGCCCGUAAGCGCCGAGGCGGCAGCUCCGAGGACGGGUCCCCGCUCAACCUCUCCUACAAAGUCCACGUUGCCACCCAGAACAACUUCCCCACCGCCGCCGGCUUGGCGUCCUCCGCUGCCGGCUACGCCUGCCUGGUGUCGACGCUGGCGCGGCUGUACGGCGUGGAGGGCGAGCUGUCGGAGGUGGCACGGCGUGGCUCGGGCAGCGCGUGCCGCAGCAUGUUGGGUGGCUUCGUGGAGUGGCGCCGGGGCCAGCGACCCGACGGCAAGGACAGCCUGGCCCAGCAAGUGGCCCCCGAAACGCACUGGCCGGAGCUCAGGGUCCUCGUGCUGGUGGUCAGUGGAGAGAAGAAGCAGGUGGCCAGCACAGUGGGGAUGCAGACCAGUGUGGACACCAGCCCCUUGCUGAAGCACCGGGCUGAGGUGGUGGUUCCAGAACGCCUGGAGCUGAUGAUGCGGCACAUCCGUGAGCGGGACUUUGAGGGCUUUGGGCAGCUCACCAUGAAGGACAGCAACCAGUUCCAUGCCACCUGCCUCGACACCUUCCCCCCCAUCUUCUACCUCAAUGACCUCUCCCGGCACAUCAUUGCCCUGGUACAUCGCUUCAAUGCCCACCAUGGAUCCACCAAGGUAGCCUACACCUUUGACGCCGGCCCCAACGCUGUCAUCUUCACGCUGGCUGACACCGUGGCUGAGUUCGUGGAGGUGGUGAGACACAGCUUCCCCACUGCCACCAACGGGGACCAGUUCGUGCGGGGGCUGCCCGUUGGCUCGGCAGUGCUGCCGGAGGAGCUGCUGGCAGCUGUGGUGACCGAGCCGGUGCCAGGGGCUGUCCGGUACAUCCUGCACACCAAGCCCGGCCCUGGCCCCCAGUUUGUGGACGACCCCAGCCAGCACCUCCUGGGAGCAGACGGGCUGCCCCGCUGAGCACCGGUGAUGACAUCAGGGAUGGCUGUGACAUGCUGAGGAGGAGCUCUGCUGCUGCCACCCAGGGGACGGGCUGCUGAGCCCACCUGGUGCAAAACUGUCCCUAGCCCUGGGGCAGGAUGUGACCCCUGGGCUGGUUUUUAACUCUUUUUUAAAGGAAAUAAGAGAGUUUCUGGCAGUUUCUGGUGCUGCUUUGAGGUGUUUGGGCUCUGCAGCCAAAAUGUACCCUUUGUAUGGCACCUGUCACCUCACAUGGUCCCUGUCCCUACUCAGUCUUUUAUGGGGCUGCUCCUGUCCCAUCUCCUCCAGCUGGCGCUGCUGAGACUGAUUCUGUCCCCACUACGUGGCCCCUGGUCUUUUGGGUCCCUUGUGGAGCUGAUCCUACCCUCACACAUGGUCUCUGUCCCCACAGUUGCCCCUGCUGGGAUUGAUUCUGUCCCCUUACAUGUCCCCUGUCCCUCCAAGUCCCUUGCAUGGCCCAUCCUGUCCCCCAGCACAUGCCCUAUCACUUUACAUGGACCCUGUUGCUUGUGUGUCUGCUGACUCCACUAUGUCCCUUGCAGGACUGAUCCUUGUCCCCCGUCCCUUUGAUGUCCCAGCUGGAGCUGAUCCUAUCGCCUUGUGCCUCGUUUGUCACUCUGACAUGUCUCCUGUCUGUCUGUGUCCCUUGUGGGAUUGGUCCGGUCCCCCUUGCACCCUCCUUGUCACCCUGUCUCUCCGUGCCCCUCCCGGGGCUGAACUCAUCCCCCUGCACUGGAUGAAUCUUGUUCCUUCACACCACCUUUUGUCACCUCACAUUUCCCCUGGUG